AAUCCAAAAUUGAAAUCAGUCUAGAAGCAACCGUCGGAGCGAUAGUUUGACUUGGUGGAAAUUACUUUCCGGAAUCGAUCUGUCAUUUUCGGGCCUCCCAUACUAUAAUUCGCAACAGAGUCGAUAUAGUGCACGGUAACCUAUUAGAUCAUAGUAAAUAGCUAAACGGCCGGAAGUGUACAGGGAUACUGGAUCCUUGAAUCGAAAGUAGGAGUAUUUCUUGCAUUUUAAGAGGAAUAAUUCAUCAGUUUCCGUGGUUGUGGACAUUCUCAAAACUCUUCCAAACUUUGUUUAUUAAUUAUAAGCGAGUGGGUGAACGUGACAGAAUAAGAAGUAUUCAUAAUAGGAUCAGAUACUACUCUUAUUCUGAUGAAGAAAGACGAUUGUGUCACCGAAGGAUCCACACCUAUCCAAAACAUAAGGAUUACAUUUUCUAACACGGCUAAACUAUGUAAAUGGCGGCCGACUACGAAGAAUGAUCAACGCCUUUAACGCUACAACUGAAGAAUUUCCAUCACAUGCCUUCGUUCAUGCUAUGUACAUACAGUACGGCAGAUACUCUAGUUUCUAUUGUGGAGGAUCACUUGUUACCGCUUCUCAUAUUCUUACUGCUGCGCACUGCACGUUCGACAUCGAUGAACUGAUGGAUACCGCUCGCUCCCUUCGUCCGCGAGAACUUUUUGUUACUCUAGGGGUCAAUCGUGUGCAGGAAACUUCCGACAACUACAGUGUCAUGCAAAUACAUAGACACGAGCAAUAUAGCGGGCGUAGUUCUCGCAACCCUUGGUCACUUUACGAUAUAGCCAUUCUCGAGUUACAUGAAGAGGUAAGUCUACAUACUACAAGACAAAUUAUUAAUCUGCCAUGCGACAAUCCAGACCUGGGUGAUAAAGGCAUAUUGCUCGGAGUCAGCCCCCCAUCUGCCGACUAUCAAUCGGGUGGAAAUUUGCAAAAAGCUCAAUUUAAAGUAGUAGAGUGCACUGAUUGGGCGGAAACUGGGCUAAUUUGCGUCUCUAGCAAAACCGCUAACGUGACAGAAGACUGGAGGACUUUCCAACUAUGGAGAGUAAGAAGUUGAAAAUUCUGCAGAACAAGACGCCGGUGCAACUUCUCCAUGAGAAAUUAGCGAGAUGUGGUUCAAGUGUCCGCUACCAGUUGGUGUACGAUUGGACAACAAGGCCCGUGAAUGUCCCGAAAUUCACUUGGGAAAUCAAAGUCGGAGAUCAAACGGCGUUUGGUACGGAUAACAAUAAAAAGAAGGCGAAACAAGAAGCAGCUCGGAAUAUGCUCAUGCAACUAUCCGAUGAUGUUGAAAUGUUGACAGCACUUCCAGCAAAUACUGGCGACAAUAUGCAGAAUCAUAUUGGCAACUUGAGCAUGUUUUGCUCACGAAACGAAUUGCCUCAACCGAAGUACGACGAAGACCUUGAGGAUGGUCCAGCUCAUAAACGUAGAUUCUACUGGAAUUGCGUUGUUGGUCAGCAUCGAGAGGUGGGUGUUGCCCAUUCAACGAAAGCAGCUAAGCAGUUGGCAGCCCAGGCAAUGUACCUCGCCCUCGUGCAAUCAAUGAACAACCCCAAUGACGCCGAUGUGCCCGACUACAAACUGAGCACCGAGACAAUGACCUUGUGCAAAAUUGAAAAAUCAGAAAAACAUGAACCCGAAACGGAGAUAGCGAACGACUCCUAUUCACCAGCGUCUCCAGACCCGGUGGGCUAUGCCAUAUCCAGUGAAGAUUCCGUACCAGUGAGAUCUCCGGGAAAAAGGGAGAGGACUGAUGACAGUAGCAGUUUUGAAGAUGAAGACUGCGAUAACCUCAAUAACUCUGUAACCGCAAGGUCCGACUAUUCGCGGGUUGUAAAACGUCGCAGAAGCACGUCUUUUAGUAGUGAGGAGGCCUUGGUGAAAUACAAAAUAUUGUAGUGUGAAAUGAGCAGAAAAGAGAAAUUUGAGGUUGCAAGGAUGAAUGGAAGUAUUGUUUUCAGGACUGGCCACAUGUCAUCUGUGACGUUGUAGAUUUGGGCCAGAGGCUGUUUCUGAGAGAACAGUCAGUUGAGUAUUGACCGAGGUGACGAGAAGUCGUCCAAUAAUUAUAACCGCAUUAGAUAUGUCAAACCUAUAGUAGAUAAACCUAUUAUGUCUUAUUUUAUUAUUUUUAAAUAUAUAUACAAUUUAACCCUAAUGAUCUCACUUGUCGGAAUUAUUUCAGAACCCUUACAAAUUCAGAAGUGGAAUAGUAAUCCAAUAGUCAGUGAUAGUAAUUCAUUAAUCAGUAAUAAUAAUCCAUGGUAAUCCAUAGUGAGUUCAAGGGACAUAAGAAUGGUGAAGGAAACAAUAUUCUAUAGCGAAUAAAGUGAAAGUAUUGUGAAGAAAUAGUGUGUGAGGAAAUGAACAGAAGAUAAAUUAAGGAACAUUCGUUGAUCAAUAAGGAGGAGCUGAGGAAUACGUCCGACAGUGCUCAAAUUGUUGUUCAAUGCAUUUAGAAACUAAUAUCAGGUGUGUGAAUAAGUCUUUCCCGUUUUUUUCAAAUUUUGAGCCUUUAUUGUGAAAAAAUGGUUACAAAUGAAUUAUUGAAAGUAUUGGCCAUCGCUAGCAACAACUUUUUCCCAUCUUUCUGGCAACAUACGAAUCCCGUUACGAAAAAAUUCGACCGGUUUGGCCUCUAUCCAGUCAUCCACCCAUUUUUUGGCUUCCUCGUAGGAAUGGAAGUGCUGAUCAGCCAGGCCAUGCGUCAUCGAUCUAAAGAGAUGGUAAUCAGACGGAGCCCUGUCUGGACUAUACGGCGGGUGGGGUAGGACUUCCCAUUUGAGCGUUUCUAAGUAUGUUUUCACCGGCUGUGCAACAUGUGGGCGAGCAUUGUCAUGUUGCAAAAUAACUUUGUCGUGCCUGUCGGAGUGUUGUGGCCGUUUUUCUCGGUCGUGUGGCUUUCAAACGCUUGGAAAUGGUUGUUCGGUCGACUUCCAAUGCUUCAGCAAGUUCUUCUUGCGUUUGACACGAAUCUUCAUCAAGCAAAGUCGCCAAUUCUUGAUCUUCAAAGAUUUGCGGCCGCCCGGAACGCUCCUUGUCUUCCACGUCGAAAUCACCACUUUUGAAGCGUCGAAACCAUCCGCGAACACUUGAAUCAUCGAGACAACCUUCUCCAUAAGCUUCCUGAAGCAAUCGAUGCGCCUCGGCAGCAGAUUUCUUCAAAUUGAACCAAUAAAGUGAAACUUCCCGCAAAUGACGUCGACUCGGCUCAAAUUUCGACAUUUUCACGAUAUCAAAAAUUUAUGAUGCGAAAAAAUUUCAACUAAUGUGUUAGUGUGGAAUUGUUGACAGAUGAAUAAGCUUUAAUUAUGACAUAUGUAACCAUUGAAUACUCGCACAGUAUUGGUGGCGGCAUCUCUUACAAAAAACGGGAAAGACUUAUUCACACACCUGAUAGAAGAAACCAAUAUGACGAAAAACGCAAGUGAUUUUACAGUGGCUGAACUCAAGGAGGUUUUGAGGAGGAAAAAUUUGUCGUUAUCAGGGACAAAAGCAGAACUGAUUGCUCGACUUCUAGAUGCAGAUCCAGAAGAAAAGUGGAUACAGGAGGAAUCAAGAGCUGAACAAGCGACAAAUGAAGAAAUAGGAAGGCAAGAUGCGGAACAGGUGGGACUGGACACAGACCUCUUAGAUGCCGAGACGUGGCAACAAGACAGGAUGACGAGGAAUACGUCUGGAAUCGUCCUACCAGAAGGAAGACAAGGAACCUCCAAUGAUGAUGAGUGUUUGCAACGAGAACUCGAAUUUAUGAGAAGAGAAAGACAGCUGUUGAUUGACAGGGUAAACUUGCUAGAACGAGAGAAAGAGUUGAUGAGGCGUGAGCCACAAUUAGGGUCCCCACAACAGUCCCUUAAAAACGACCUUAAAGACAGUAAGUGACUCACUACCAGAAUUUAGCGAGGGCACUGAUUUCCUAGAAUAGGAAAAAGAAGUGUUACACAUAGUGGGAGUGUUCCAUUUGGAAGAGCAGAUGGCACAAUUACUUGUGACGACCAAAUUGACGGGAAAAGCUAAGGCAUGGUUCCAUUCAAAGGCAGAGCAUCGGGAUUUGUCUCUGGAGGAAUUAUUAAGUACAAUGAAGAAGUUUUUUGAUCAUCGUCCAACUCGUUUGAAGAGAAAACGAGACUUUGAAAAUAGAAAGUGGCAACACAAUGAGACUUUUGACGAUUAUUUCCAUGAUAAGACAAUUUUGGCGAACCGAGUUCCAGUGGAGGAUGAAGAAGAAAUCAUGGAAUACGUCAUGGAAGGAAUCCCAGAGCGGGGAUUGCGGAAUCAAGCCCGUAUGUUGAGGUUGGCUUCGAAGGAAGACUUAUUAACGGCGUUUAAGGGAAUCACAUUACAAACCGACCCAAGGGGCGGGCCUAGAGGAAUAGGUAGCCUCAGUGGUAGUUCGGGUUUGGUGAGGACAGAAAAGCAAGACUUUAAGUUGCAUAAAACCGAAGUGAAAAGUGAAAAAAAUGGGGUAAAAGUGAGUGGACAUAAGGAAUCAGAAGUGAAGUGUUACAACUGCAAUAAAAAGGGGCAUUACGCUCAUAAGUGUGACAAACCUGUGCGGGAAAAGGGAGAGUGCUACAUAUGCUUCAAGACAGGACAUCUGGCAGUGGAGUGUCCAGACAACUGGAAAAAUAGGAAAGUCAAGGAAGAAGCACAAGUGAAGCCAUCGCAGGUGACGAACAUCUACGACGAGCGAGGUGAUAAGGAGGAAUUUCGUGAGAUCGUUAUUUUUGAAAUUUUAGGAAGUAAUGAGCGGAAAAUACUUAAUUUAGACACACAAUCCUUCCGAUUGAUUCCCAGAAUGUGAGGUACACAGGGGUUAAUAAGUCACCCAUUGAGAUUUUGGGGAAAGUCGUUGUAAGACUUACCCUGUUUGAUCAGGUAAAAGAGGACGUGGUAUUGUUCGUCGUGAAAGAGGGGACUAUUUGGGUCUCAGCUUUAUUGGUAAGGGAUAUUUUGGUUAAAAAUUUUAAGUUAACUUUGAGACCCUAGAUAGAAAAUAAAGAAAUGUCUGAAGUAUUCAAUAUUAAUGUAGAUUAUUCGCAGACUGUGUGUGACGAACUAAAAAUAAAUGAAAAUCUCGAUAUGAAGGAAGCAUUAGGGUUAAAAAGUUUGUUUAUGCAAGAGUAUGUAACUCCAGAAAGGCCACUUGAACCCAAAAUUAAGCAUGAAUUAAAAUUAAGGCUCAAAGAAAAUAAACCAUUCCACUCGAUUCCUCGACGUUUAGCAUAUGAUGAUAAAAUAAAAUUGAAAGGAAUAUUAGAGGGAUUACUAGAAAAGGGAUAUAUCAAGCCCAGUGAUUCGGAAUUUGCAUGUCCAAUUGUAUUAGUCCGAAAAAAGAAUGGAGAGAUUAGGAUGUGCCCGGAUUAUAGACCUCUAAAUGAGAUGUUGGUACGCGAUAAUUACCCAUUACCAUUGAUCGAAGACCAACUUGAUGCAUUAGUGAACAAAAGAUAUUUCUCUCUGUUGGACUUGAAAGACGGGUAUUAUCAUGUUAGAGUCGCAGAGGAUUCGGUUAAGCUCACGUCAUUUGUGACGCCGUUGGGUCAGUUUGAAUGUUUACGUAUGCCCUUCGGAAUAAAAACAGCGCCAGCCACAUUUCAGCGUUACAUAAACACAAUUUUUCAAGAAGAGAUUAAGGCGGGUAACGUAGUGAUUUAUAUGGAUGAUAUUUUGAUUGCUACAGAAACAUUAAGUGAACAAUUCGAGGUAUUGAGACGUGUGUUUAGACUUAUGGUGGACAAUAAACUCAAGUUAAGAAUUGACAAAUGUUCUUUUAUACAGACGGAAAUUGAAUAUUUGGGGUAUUUAGUUUCAGUUAAAGGCAUUCAGCCAACAAAGAGCGGCAUUGAGGCCGUUGAGAAUUUUCCCAUUCCUCGAACAGUGCGAGAGGUUCAGAGUUUUUUGGAGCUUUGUUCUUUCUUCAGAAAAUUUAUUGAGUCAUUUUCGACAAUUGCUAGGCCUUUGUAUAAUUUAGUCAAAGAGAAUAUCGAAUUUAAGUUUGGAAUGGAAGAAUUAGAGGCUUUUAAGACGUUAAAAUCUAGAUUGAUAAGUUUCCCCAUUCUUGCACUUUACAGUCCCAAAGAUGAGACUGAACUCCACUGUGACGCAAGUUCGAAAGGGUUUGGCGCGGCCCUGAUGCAAAAGAAGGCUGAUGGAAAUUUCCACCCAGUCUUUUUCUUUUCAAAAUUAACCACAGACACGGAAAGUAGGUAUCACAGUUUCGAGUUCGAGACAUUAGCCAUUAUUUACGCGUUACGUAAAUUCCGGAUUUAUUUACAGGGAUUGAAAUUUAAAAUAGUGACGGACUGUGACUCAUUAAGGAUGACCCUUAGUAAAAAAGAAUUAGACCCUCGUAUUGCAAGACGGGCUUUAGAGUUGAUGAAUUAUGAUUAUUCGAUCGAACAUAGACCAGGGAUCAGAAUGCGACACGUUGAUGCACUGAGUCGCAAAAGUGCAGUUAUUAUGGUUAUCGAACACAAUCCUCUAGAAUGGAAUUUGUUAGUGUGUCAAAAUCAGGACCCUUCUAUUGUUGAGAUUAGGGACGGGCUAGAGUGUCGUGAAGACAAAUUUUAUGAGCUGCGAAAUGGAUUGGUCUACAGAAAGAAGAAUGAAAAGCUAUUGUUCUAUGUGCCCCAGCAGAUGGAAGCCAAUGUUAUUUUUAAGUACCACGAUGAAAUGGGGCACAUGGCCAAAGAAAAAACUUGUGGUGUAAUUUUGGAAAAUUAUUGGUUUCCAAAACUGAAUGAAAAGGUUCAGGCUCACAUUAAAAAUUGUUCAAAAUGUAUAUCGUUCUCGCCAAGCUCAGGAAAAAGCGAAGGUUACUUGCAUAUCGUUCCCAAGGGGAAUGUUCCCUUCGCAGCGAUUCACGUGGACCAUGUGGGUCCCAUUGGUAGAAAUCGACUAAUUAAACAGCACGUGUUAGUAGUUGUUGACGGUUUUACCAAAUUUGUGAAAUUGUACGCCACUAAAUCAACCUCGAGUAAAGAAGCCAUUGUUUGUUUGAGAGAGUACUUUCAGAACUAUCGUAGACCCAAUGUUUUAGUGUCAGAUCGUGGAACAUGCUUCACUUCAGGUGAAUUUGAAGAAUUUUUACGAGCGCAACAUAUUAAGCAUAUUAAAAUAGCUACCGGGUCACCCCAGGCUAAUGGACAAGUAAAAAGAGUUAACCGUGCAAUUAUCCCAAUGUCAGCAAAAUUAAGUGACAACGAAAAUGGAAAGUAUUGGUAUAAAGUAAUUAGUGACGUAGAGUUUGCUAUAAAUAACACUAUAAAUAAGUCAACUGGCCAGACCCCCAGUAAGUUAUUGUUUGGAAUUAAUCAGAGAGGGAAUGUAUUCGAUGAUGUGAAAGAAUAUUUAAAAAGCAUGGGAACUGAAGAUGAUCAAUGUGAUCUAGAAGUAGUGCAGGAUAAAGAUGCCGACCAAAUAACAAAAUCCUAAGAAUAUAAUAAGAAGUAUGUUGAUAGGAAAAGGAGAGCCGCAAACGAGUAUGAGGAAGGUGACUUAGUUAUGCUGCGGAACUGUGAGAACUCACCGGGUGUCUCAAAAAAAUUAGUCCCUCAAUUCAAAGGUCCAUACGUUAUCCAUAAGAAAUUAAGAAAUGACCGCUAUAUGAUAGUUGACCCAGAAGGUGUUCAGAAUUCCCAGAAACCUUAUCAGGGAGUUUGGGAAGCGAAAAAUAUGCGGCCCUGGAAGGAUAUGUCUGGUGACGAUGAUGGCAGUGAGGCGUCAAAAGUUUUGGAGAGAGAUGACAAUAGCCUGUAUUAGUUUAAGUUUCAUUCAGAAGAAUGCACCAGUUGUGUAUUUCACUGUAGUAUUAGUUCUGUAUUUUCUUACUAUGUAUUUCUUUUAUGUAUUACCUUUUAAGUGGUGCUCC